AUGAAAUUCUUCGCUACUGCCAUUUCUACCGUCGCCUUGAUUGGUGCUGUUUUAGCUCAACAAGCUAAUGAUAUCACGAUCGCUACACCUCCUUCGUUAACCCAAUGUGAACCUGUCCUACUCUCGUGGUCUGGAGGUGUUGGUCCUUAUAUCCUUACCGCUAUUCCCGGUGGUCAACCAUCUGCAGCUGCGUUAGCUACGAUUUCUGCAUCGGAAGCAGGUAACAGUGUAACGUGGAAAGUCAACGUAGCCGCUGGCACUGAAGUAACUGUUAAAGUGACUGAUUCAAGAGGUAUCAACCAAUACACUUCACCCGUACAAAUUCUACCUGGUUCAGACAGCUGUCUAGGUGCUGCCUCAGGUGGUUCUACAUCAAACUCUUCUACUCCUUCUUCUGCCGCUGCUGGUGGUGUAGCUUCCUCUGCAGCUUCAGCUGCUUCUUCAGCAGUUUCCGCUGCUUCUUCAGGAGCCUCAUCAGCUGCUUCAGCUGCUACUUCUGCAGCUGGUAUCAAGACUACCACUACCCAAACCGCUCCUACCUCUACUGUAACUGGAUCAGGAUCCGCUUCAGCCGCUUCUGGUACUUCCAAAGCUUCUACUCCCGCCUCAUCUGGAUCAGCUUCCGGUUCCGCUCCUGCAUCGGCUUCAUCCACUGGAGCUUCAUCCGGCGCUCUAAAAAAUGGAAUCAUCGCUGCUCCAGCUAUCAUCAUCGCUGCUCUCGGUGCAUUCGUUGCUCUUUUCUAA